CAUAAUCACACCAAGUGUAAAUGCUCCACCAAUUUAACAGUCUUUCAAUACAACAGAGAAAGGCGUGUAGCUGUGAAUGUGAUGUUAGGGUGCUCUCGGUUCAGAUAGUCAAGAAAGAGAGGGACGUGAUCGGAGGGAUGAAAAGUAAAAACAGUCGUCAACUUAGCGUCGGUAAAGUAGUGGUUUGAAUGAAGAAGGACAUUUAUUAAGCCAGGAUUGUUCGUGAGAGGACAUGAAUAUAUCAGCAAAGAGAGGGCCCAAUGGACUGCCCAUAGCCACACCAUCAAUUUGCUGGUACAUUUUCCCGUUAAAGAUAAAGUGACAGUUCUUAACAGCUAGAGAGAGUAGUUUUUCAAAUUCUGUUGCAGUGAGUCCGUUGAAGUACUUGUGGUUGUUAAAAAUGCUAUUGGAUAUUAUGCGGAUGGUUUCGUCAACAGGUACCAUUGCCAACUUUUCACAGGCAUUAUGGGUGGUUUUCGCAUUUGUCUUAUGCAGCAAAAACGUUAAUGGAGGAAACAAUGGAUUAGCCCUCGAAGAUGAAGUUGUCUCAAUUUACAGCAAAAACUUCACAAAUAUUCCCAAGGACAGGGAGCCAUUUUAUGUAAAGGUUCAUCGAUGUGUACUCAACAUGAAAUACGACGGUUACAAUGUUCCAGGUCUCGAAUAUUAUCCCCAACCCACAAAAAUGAAAGAAAUUGAGAUUGUUGUGCCUGAUUUAAAAAACUACAAGAAGUUUUAUAAAUAUAUUGUCUACGAUCACAUUUCUUGUAACUGGAAGAAGUGGUUAGGCCAGCCAAUGAACUUUGAUUUACACAAGAACCUUACUUCAAACGAAAUUAACGAAACAGAAUUUAAAUCUAAGGUUAAUUACAAUCCACCAAACGUGAGAGGAUGUAAUGACUACUGCAAGAAUCAACAGCCACGUUUUUAUGUACACAGUGAACCCAUGGCAGUUAAUAUAGAUCAACUCUUCAUACCACUCAAACAAUGCCUGCCUGGUUGCAAAGCAACAGAGAACAUUCUCAAUGUUAGAACGAAACUCAAAACUGGCUUCUAUACGCAUUUCAUUAUCAUAAAACAUACAUCUUGCAAUCCUUGGAGCCCAUCUACGCAAUCACAAGCCGAUAGCAAUUUACUUGCUGUUUUGAACACCUCGAAAUCACAAAGUUUCACUAAACAUCAAAGGGAGAGUGAUGAAGAUAUCAAACACAUUUUGUUAAAUAAAGGAUUGUUCCUCUACAUCACAUCACCCAAAAUGAUUUUUGCUGCUUUUGUUCUCACAAUUGUCCUUAUUUCAAUACUUAUUCUGGACUGCAGUCUGUGUUGUCGUAAAAAAGGAAUAAUGUAUUUGUUGUUGACUUGUGGAAAGAAAAAGGAGUGCAAAGAUUGCAUCAAAAGCAAGCAAACUAUGAUCGAAAUGAUUGUGUAGAUUGUUGCAAAGGAGAAAAACAGAGAGAAAAAGAGAGAGCAGAGAUCCGGAUCAAGUCUUGGAUAUCAGGCUGGAGAGAAGAAGAUGAAUGCAAAAGAGUGAGAAGAAUGCAGAGUGUAACCGCAAGCGAAGACAUGACACAAACAAGAUGCCAAUAAGAGAAAAUAUAAAUUUAGCAUGUAUGAACAAUAUAAAAAUACAACAAACUCUCUCCUUGCAGACAGCCCCGCUAUUAAAGAGUGUUUGUACAUCCCCCACGCCUAAAAGUAUUUUUAAAAGCACUGAAAUUACUCUCUAAAGUUCAGGCACUUCACAUAUUUCUUUUUAUUGUUCCUUUCUUGUAAGAUGUGAUUUUUUCUAGAAUAACACGAAAGUGAAUGAAAGUUUCAUGGUUUCUGUAA